AUGCCUUCCUUUGAGGAGUCCAGACACGUCAGCGACGAUGUGCGCGUCUUGGGUUACGACCCGUUGAUCCAACCCGCCCUGCUCUCCCGCGAAAUUCCCAUCCCUCGCCAUGCUGAAGACACUGUCAUCGAGGGUCGCAAAGCCGCCGCCAACAUCAUCACGCAAAAGGAUGACCGCCUCCUCGUCGUCGUCGGCCCAUGCUCGCUGCAUGACCCGGAAGCCGCCAUCGAGUACUGCCAGCGCCUCAAGGCCGUCGCCGACAAGCUUUCCGACAACCUCCUCAUCAUCAUGCGCGCCUACCUCGAGAAGCCCCGCACCACCGUCGGCUGGAAAGGCCUGAUCAACGACCCAGACAUCGACGGGAGCUUCCACAUCAACAAGGGCCUGCGCAUCUCGCGCAAGCUCUUCGUCGACCUCACCUCCUUGGGCAUGCCCAUCGCCUCCGAAAUGCUCGACACCAUUUCUCCCCAGUUCCUCGCCGACCUCAUCUCCCUCGGAGCCAUUGGCGCACGCACCACCGAGUCCCAACUCCAUCGCGAGCUCGCCUCUGGCCUCUCCUUCCCCAUAGGCUUCAAGAAUGGCACCGAUGGUGGCCUCACCGUAGCAGUCGACGCCAUUGGCGCCGCCGCAGCACAGCACCACUUCAUGGGCGUGAACAAGCAGGGCCUUGCUUCCAUCACCAGGACGAGCGGCAACGAGCACUGCUUCGUGAUUCUGCGCGGUGGAACCAAGGGCACCAACUACGACAAGGAAAGCAUCAAGGCGGCGCGAGAAGCCCUGCGCAAGAAGAACCUUCCCGAGGUCAUGAUGGUCGACUGCUCGCAUGGAAAUUCCAACAAGAACCAUAGGAAUCAGCCAAUCGUCGCCCGUGUCGUCGCCGACCAGCUCCGCGAGGGUGAGACCGGCAUCGUCGGCGUCAUGAUCGAAUCCAACUUGAACGAGGGCAACCAGAAGGUUCCGCCCGAGGGCCCCAAGGGGCUCAAGAAGGGUGUCUCCAUCACCGACGCGUGCAUCGAUUGGGAUACGACCGCCACCGUCUUGGAGGAGUUGGCGCAGGCCGUCGCUCAGAGACGGAAGAAGCUGCAAGGCGCGAAUGGGGUGCAUUAG